UAUUUUUGCUUCUUCAUUUUCUUCAGGUUCCUGUGGAGACUGAGAGAUUAAUGGACAAUGAUCUUGUACUUGAACAAACUCUGUCCCCUCUUUCAACUUUUCUGCUAGCAGGAUUUCGUCUAGAUGGUUUCUCCAUAAUUAAACCGCGAGUAACUCAUGCGCCUUCCCCAGAUUUAACUUCAUUGACGACGUUUCUUGAUGACAGAUAUAUCUCUCCAGCUGUAUUAUACAUUCAAGUAUCGUCUCUCCAGGGCCAGGAGCCACAAGACAUGAUGAGUGUGGCUGAGUAUCGAUUGCCAGAGGUCAAACCGGGGACAGCAAUGUACUUUGAUUUUCCUAGACCGUUACAAACUCAACGAAUCUCAUUCAGACUUGUAGGAGAUGUAACUGCUUUUGCAGAUGAUCCUGCAGAUCAUCAAGAGGAUCCUGAUUUUAAAGGUUCUCCUUUUGCAGCAGGAGUGUCUUUAUCAAAUAAAAUAAAGUUGUAUUAUUAUGCCGACCCAUAUGAAGUCGGGAAAUGGGCCAGCCUUUCUGCCAUUUAAUCUUCUUCAGUUCAAGCAAUUGAUUAUAUUUAUUUUAUAGAUUUUCCUCCAUUCAUUGUAAUUUUAAAAUAAGUGUAGCAGGUAUAUAUUUUGAAUGUCAUUACAUAAAUAUCUGGAUUCUAA